AUGGCGCAGGAAUAUAAACUCAAGGACCUCUCGUCCCUCACGGAUGUGCAGAAUAUGGAGAAGGUAGAAUCAGAGGUGGAGGGGAUCGAUGGUGGAAAAGUAUUGGUCGUCCGAUUCAAUGGCCAAGUACAUGCCAUGAGUCCAAAGUGUACGCAUUACGGGGCACCGUUGAAAUUGGGCGUUGUUUCGCCGGAUGGAAGGAUUACGUGCCCAUGGCAUGGAGCAUGCUUUAAUAUUGGCAGUGGAGACGUUGAGGAUGCGCCUGCUCCUAAUGCUUUGAAUAAGUUCGAGGUCGUGGAGAAGAAUGGAGCGGUUUAUAUCAAGGGUGAGGAGUCGGCGAUUAGAUUUGGACAGAGGGAUCCUGUUCUGAAGUGCAGUGCCUCUGAGCCGGAGAGGGUCGUUAUUGUUGGAGGUGGAAGCGGAACCCUUGGAGUGGUGCAGGCUAUUCGCGAAUUGAAAUACAAAGGAACCAUCACCAUCAUCUCCAAAGAACCGAAUUUGAUCAUCGACCGAACCAAGCUGUCCAAGGCUCUAAUCCCUGACGUAGAGAAGAUCCUCUGGCGCCCUGAGGAAUGGUACAAGUCCGCCUCUAUCAACACUGUCUUUGACGAAGUGAUCUCCGUCGACUUCAAUAGCAAGGCUGUCACUACAAAAUCCGGCAAAGCAUACCCGUACACCAAGCUGGUUCUUGCUACGGGUGGUAUGCCACGUUCUCUUCCAAUGGAAGGGUUCAAGACCUUGAGCAAUAUCUUCCUGCUUCGCACCGUCACCGACGUGCAGGAUAUCCUCACAGCAGUGGGGGAUAAGAACAAGAAGAUUGUGGUCAUCGGAAGUUCCUUCAUCGGAAUGGAGGUGGGCAAUGCCCUCGCCAAGGAAAACGACGUGACCAUCGUGGGCAUGGAAAAUGCCCCCAUGGAAACCGUCAUGGGCGAGAAAGUUGGCCGGAUCUUCCAGAAUAACCUCGAAAAGGCCGGCGUCAAAUUCAAACUAGCCACAUCCGUCGCCAAAGCAAUUGCAUCCGAUUCUUACCCCAAGAGUGUCGGUGCUGUGCACCUGAAAGACGGCACACAGCUCCCAGCCGAUUUAGUCAUUCUAGGCGUUGGCGUUCGUCCGGCUACAGAUUUCCUGCGCGAAAACCCCUCCAUCCAGCUCGAGCAAGACGGCUCCAUCAAAACAGACGAACAUUUCGCCGUACCAGGUCUCAACAAUGACGUCUACGCCAUCGGAGAUAUUGCAACAUACCCCUACCACGGACCAGGCACCGACCCAGAAAAGGGCACAUACACAAGAAUCGAGCACUGGAACGUUGCGCAGAAUGCCGGCCGAGGCGUUGCCCGAUCCAUCGUGCACAGUUUCUCGUCCUCGCUGCAGUCUCUCAAGCCCAAGGUGUUCAUUCCUAUUUUCUGGUCUGCGUUGGGCGCUCAGUUGCGGUAUUGCGGUAAUACUCCCAAUGGAUGGGAUGGGUUGAUUCUUCGUGGUGAGCCCGAGAAUGCGAAGUUCGUUGCGUAUUACACAAAAGGUAACACGGUGGUUGCUGUCGCUACGAUGGGGAUGGACCCUAUCAUGGCUAAGAGUGCAGAGUUGAUGCGGAGGGGGAAUAUGCCUACCAAGGCGGAGAUUGAGAGUGGUGUGGAUGUAUUGGCUGUUGGGGUGCCAAAGACGAUGAAUAUCUAA